UUUAUGUUACUUAGUUGGUUAAAAACUCUUGUGGCUUUAAUUGGUGAGUUAAAUGCAGUUUCAAGUUGUGCAAAGAGAUUAAAAAAAAGAAAGAAAAUUGUUAAACCUGGUUUUGCUGGUUUGAAUAAAUAAUAAAUUUAUGGAACAUAGAAACAUGACAAUGAAACAUUUUAUAUUUGCUGUUAUAUUAAUAUUAUUAGCAGAUUCAGUGAAUUGCAAAGAAAAAGAACACAAAGAAGUAAAAUAUGGAGAUAAAAUUAAUUUGAAAGAAAAAGACCUAAUGAGAAAAUCAAUUGUUUUCGAUAAGAAAACCCCAGAUGUGUUUUAUUGUCCAAUGCAAAAACCUUCAAAUAUGAAUAAAUUAAUAGUACGAUCCCGACCUUUGCACAAAUUAUGCGAGUAUGAAGGGCAAUCAUUACCAACUGAUUAUAAAUCUGAUUGUUAUAAGGACAUUGAUGAAUCAGAUUACGCAUGCAAGGAAAAAUAUAGGAUAAUGAAACGCUUUGCUACUGAAGAAAUCAUCGCUAACAAAAAGAAAUAAUUUUGAACAAGCUAAAUUAAAAUUAGAGUUUAAUACACACAGAUACAUUUAUAUAAUCUACUCACAAAUAUGUACAUACGUAUGUAUGAAGAUGUAUAUGCUAUAACAGAACAGAAUUCAUAGGGCUAAGAUCACACAACAGACAAAAUCUAAUAUUAUGUUCAAAUUUUAACUAUACAUAAUUUGAUGAAUUUUUUUAAAAUGUCAGAGAUCAAUGUUUAAUGCUUUUGUUAAAUAUUUUCAUAUUAUUUAUGUAUAUCAAAAUAAAUCCAACAGACUGUAACUAAAAUUUUGUGUUAGAAUAUAAAUAUAGAGUUACAUAUUUAUAUGAUUAUGUCUGAUGUGUUAACAACACCUAUUUAACUGAAAUAGACACACUACUAACGUUAAAGUUUCCUUUUUCUUAGCCCUAAGUUUUAUUUUACUAUACUGGUGGUCUUAUAAACUACAUUACACCUAAAAAGCUUUUGAAAAAUUCUUUGCUAAUUAAAAUUUUAAUGCUUACUAAUUAAAGUAUGAUAGAGAGAAAUCCAACUAGGUACCCUCAUUUCUAUAUCAUUCUAUUCAAUUUCUAACACUAAUAGGUACAUAAUGUAAACAUAUUUUAUAUUCAAUUUAAAACUAUGUUUGUUUUUUUUUUUUAUUAGUAUUUUAAAAUGAAUUUAAAUUAUUUCAAAAAAAUUUGUAAAUUUUCAAACGAACAAUUGAAAAUUAAGAAUUGCAGGUUUAUUUUUAGUAUUUUUUUAAAAAAAAGGCUUUUAUAUGUUUAUAUAAUUUAUAAUUAUUUUAUAAUUUUAAUUUUUAAUUAUUCUUAGAUGUAUGUAUAUACUUGCCCUAACAUCAUUUAUUUGCUACUAGUUUUCAUCUUUUUGAGUGAAACUUUGAAAAAAUUAAGAUUUGCUGAUAGUUACUAAAAAAAUCAGAAAAAUUUUAUCCUUUUUAUCUAUAAUGAAAACCAUAUGAAUUCAUAAGAAAUAAGGCUGUUCAAAUAAACCUUAUAAAGGUGUAAAAAAAAAUUGUUUCUACCAACAAAUUAAAUGCAUAUCCAAAUUUCCAAUAAAAUCAUUACGAUUAGUUUUUAAAUAUUGUAAAAAUUUUAUGUCAAAAAUCUUUUUGGAUUCUCGUCGUCGAAAAUGACAGAAAAAAAUGUGUUACACUGUUCUUAAAACUUUUAACUACAUUCCUCUUUUUCCUUAAUCUUUCUUAUUUAACUCAUUUCCUUAAGUAACAAAAAUUUAGUCCUUUUAAUAUUUUUUCAACUUUUAUAAUUUUCUUUUAUCUUUAUUGCAAUCUAGUUUUCUUUAAAAAAAUGUAUUUCAACCAACACUUUUUUUAAUAUUCUGAUUAAAAUUAUGUAGAAAUACUUUUAAUAAAAACUCUUUAAUGCGUAAUUAACCUUCUUGCAAACUUAAUAAAUCUCAUUUAAAGGGUAUACUUGAAAUGCAAAUCUUUUUAACAUAUUUGUACAGAUGUGUGCAUUCUAAUUGAAAAAAAAACAUAUCUACAUACACCAUGUUUCUCAAUAUCAAUAUUAUCAAAAAUUACUACUUAUGCACUAUAUUAACUCAUGCACUAAAUCUUAAUUAUUUUACUUUCUUAAACUAAAUUCUUAAAAUUUAAUUUUUUUUUAAUUUAUUUCACAUUUGUAUAAAAACCUUUUGAUUACAUCUACAUAUGUACAUAUUUUGACAAAAUAAU